AUGGUCAGAAAAAACGCAACUCGAGAAAGGAGACAGCUUGACGGAAGGGUACAUGUCAGAGUUAUCGGACUUCACUUAUAUCAAUUGGACGAGCAUUUGUUUCAAGCUCUGGCCCAAUUUUGGAAUCCCGCUUAUAGAUGCUUUACUUUUGGGGAGAUAAACUUGGUGCCUACCAUAGAGGAAUAUACAGCCUUACUGCGUUGUCCAAGGUUUCAGGCAGAUAAAGUCUAUUCUAAAGCCGUCAAUGUCCCUACUUUUGUGAAGAAGCUAGUGAACAUCUUGGGAAUGAGUGAGCAAUGGGUCUCAGCGCGGGUCAAACAAAAAGGGGAAAACAAGUGUAUUCCUUGGGGAAGUUUGCGUGAUUUGAUUUUAGCUCACCCUGAUACGAAGAAAAAAGUCGAUGUUUUUACUUUGAGCAUUUAUGGGUUGAUGAUUUUCCCUAAAGUGUUGGGGUAUAUAGACGAGGCAGUUACUAAUUUGUUUGAUCGACUGGACAAGAGGGUCACACCCGUUCCAGCAAUUUUGGCCGAGACAUUUAGAUCUUUGAGUGUGUGCCGAAGCGCGAGGGAGGGAAGAUUCAUUAGAUGUGCACAGCUCUUGUUAGUAUGGUUCCACAGUCACUUCUGGAAAGUGGAUAAAGUUUCUUACCGAGUAUUCUCCAAGAAUUAUUCUCCAUUGAAAGAAUUAGCGGCCAUACCAAGACGCGACAACAUUACCGUGGAAAGAUGGAUAGCGAUGCUUCAAAAUCUCAAAGAUGAAGAUGUUGAAUGGAAAGAUCAUUGGAUAGUGCCCGAUGAGAUCUUGUAUCGAUCUGGGAAUUUCGACUGGGUCCCUUUACUUGGGAUUUGGGGAGCUGUUGGCUAUGCGCCAUUAAUGGUAUUGAAACAAUAUGGGUCAAGAGCAGGUUCGUCGCCACCCAAGGACUAG